AUUUACUGGGAAAUAAAUAACAUAAUUUAUUCUUGUGGAGUGUUGUGGACUCGUAUUUUGAUAGAGUUAAAGCCUGACGGAUUAUCAGUAUAAUCUGGAAGAUAUAGUUUGGUAACAAAAGAUUAGACUUUCAUUGUUGCGGCAUUGUUGAGUGACGUAUUAGUUCGCGGCUUCUCCGCGAGAUGCCGCCACAGCUAGCGCUAGUUGUCAGAAGCAGACAAUCUAGUUCCGGCAACGUCCGUCGGAGAGCGCCACAGUCGUUGCCGACUCAUUCACAACCAAGAUGGCAGAACGAGAGAAAUAAUGCACUUCGUCGACGAGGAAUGGCGGACCAAAACAAAACCAGCCCAAGAAAACACGGCUCAAGAGUUCACAGGUACGGUCCACAGUCGGCGAGAAGGAAGAACAACGAACAACAAGCGUCCACGAGUGAUAACAGUGCUGCUAGGGUCAACGAAGUGAUUGUGUCACCCGCGGUACAGGAGCGAACUGUGAUUGGUGCAGACGCAGACAACUCAUCAGCUGAUCUGGACAAUGACGUCACUGGAGGGUUGCCUCAGCGACUGGACGGCGAUGGAAGCAGCUUCAGCGAUAACGAUAAGGAAGAACAGGAUCAGGAGACGGAGGAGUUGGCGAAACUACGAUGUCCGAGCGAACGAACAGAGGUUAUAGCCGAGCGAGAACAGCGGCGGAGGAAAAGAAGAUGUGCAGACUACCCGGGCCUAGCGUUCGGGUCCUCCAUCUUCAGCUCCGACACGCUGAUGAAGUUCAGCAUAAUUAAAAAUGAACUUCAUAAUAUUCUCAAUUCUCAGCUGAAAAGGGCCGAGAGUGAGGUUGCUGCCCUCAACCGUCGUAUCCAACUGUUGGAGGAGGACCUCGAAAGAUCUGAGGAGAGACUGGCAACGGCCACGGCUAAACUGGCCGAGGCCUCCCAGGCGGCCGACGAGUCCGAGAGGAUACGCAAGGCAUUGGAGAACAGAACCAACAUGGAGGACGACCGAGUGUCUAUACUGGAGGCGCAGCUGGCUCAGGCCAAGAUGAUUGCGGAAGACUCUGACAAGAAGUAUGAGGAGGUGGCUCGAAAGCUCGUCAUGAUGGAACAAGAUCUAGAACGAGCCGAAGAGCGAGCGGAACAGAGCGAUUCAAAGAUUGUAGAGCUUGAGGAAGAGCUCCGCGUCGUCGGUAACAACCUGAAGUCCCUGGAAGUCUCAGAAGAAAAGGCGACCCAGAGAGAAGAGAACUUCGAGGAACAGGUCAAAGCUCUGUCCAACCAGCUCAAAGAGGCUGAGGCUCGUGCUGAGUUCGCUGAGAGAUCCGUACAGAAACUCCAGAAGGAGGUUGACAGGCUGGAAGAUGAGUUGGUGGUGGAGAAGGAACGUUAUCGCGUCAUCGGAGAUGGCUUGGACUUGGCAUUUGUAGAGUUAUACGGAUACUAAUCUACUGCGCUAGCGUGUGCCAUCACUUUACAUUCACCUUUAGAUUAACCGACAAAUCUGUUUGUUUCUGCUUUUUUUCUGUGCUACAAACGGACGGCAAAUUUGCCCCGUCUCCCUGAUCUGUUGAUCGGUCUCUGUAAACACUUGUGAUGGUGAAAAUUUUAAUCUGUAAAUAUCUAUUUUAACAUCAAUAAUUAUUUUUGUACUGAUUUUUGACCGCUAUUCUGAACGAAGCUCAACAAAUACCAGUUGAGAAAAUGGCUAUUUUAAUCUCUUAAUUGUUGCAAUUUCAGAUAUUUAUUAUGUUUUAAAAACUCUUCGUAUUUAUUUAUUUAAUUUGUAUAUUUCAGAUUCUUUUAGUUUAGUAUUACUUUUAAUUACUUUGCUGGUUGUAAAUAAAUUAGCUGACUUCUGAUUUCUUGCCUAAUCGUUUUAAUAGUGUCAUUAACGUUAACCGGCUUCAAAGUCAUUAAUCAAGAAUCGAGAAAAAAAUAACUAACAAAUCGGUUGCUUAGGGCUCUACACGGCAUGAAUGUCACUUUAUUUUUAAUUUCGAUUGUUAGUUUAUCUAAGUUUAUUUUAGUUUUAGAAUGUGAUGUUUUGUUUUAUUUUUUAUUUGAAUGUUUAUGUAGUCGCCUAGUUGGCUCAUGUAACUCGCUUUUAAUGUACUAGGGGAAAAUAAUGUGCAAGAACAUUCAGCAAUAUCACAUUGUACAGACUACUUAGGUUCCUUUAAGUAUCUAUUAUAUAAUUUUGAAAUUUAUACUUAAUAUGAAGGUGAAUAAAACUGCCACCAUUGUA